AAUCCAUCGAAAGCAUUUGUCUUCCUCAUCCUGGUGGAUGAGACCGGCAUGAAGCAGCAUUUAGGGCGGGUCCAAGCGGAGCUCUCAUCUCCUUUGUUUGUCUGCUCCAUUGCCUCUCCUCCUUUCAAUCACUCCAACACUUCUCUGCUUUAAGAUCUCUCUGUUUCAUCCUUCAAUCUUAUCUUUUCAAGGUCAGAUCCGCUUUUCUCAACUCCUUGGGGGGUUUCCCCCCCCCAUUUUUCCUCUUUCGCUUCCUUUCCUUUUUAUCUAGGGUUCUAUCCCUCACUCUCUUUCUUUCCUGCUUAUUUGCUUCACUCCCCCCCUUUUCUGUCUCCGAGAUCGUCUAGAUCUAAGGAGAUUUCAUUUCCUCCUUCUUCUUCGUUCUGACGGCCCCACGUUAGGUUUUAAGGGCCGAACCGAACCCUUCUCUUCAAUUUCCCCCAUUUCUUGGUGGUGGGGUUUUCUGUUUUCGCCAUUUUGUUGGUUCUGUUUACAUUCGAGGUAUGUCGAUUUUGCCGAAAGGUGAAUCGAUUAAUAUCCGUGAGGUGUGGAACCAUAAUUUGGAGGAAGAAUUUGCUCUAAUACGUGAAAUCGUCGACCAAUUUAACUACAUAGCGAUGGAUACCGAGUUCCCUGGCGUGGUUGUUCGCCCUGUGGGUUCUUUCAAGAAUAUUAAUGAGUAUAACUACCGAACCCUCAAAGAGAAUGUCGAUACGUUGAAGUUGAUUCAAUUGGGUCUUACGUUUUCUGAUGAGAAUGGGAAUCUCCCAACUUGUGGCACAGAUAAGUUUUGCAUUUGGCAGUUCAAUUUCCGCGAGUUCAACAUUUGUGAAGAUAUUUAUGCAAGUGAUUCCAUUGAGCUUUUGCGCGAGUGUGGUAUUGAUUUUAAGAAGACCAAUGAAGAGGGAAUUGAUGUCAAUCGCUUCGCUGAGCUUCUCAUGUCAUCUGGGAUUGUGUUAAACGAUAAUAUUUACUGGGUGACGUUCCACAGCGGGUAUGAUUUUGGGUACUUGCUGAAAUUGUUGACUUGUCGAAACUUACCACAGACCCAGGCGGAAUUUUUUGAUUUGAUCCAUAUGUAUUUCCCAAUGGUUUAUGAUAUCAAGCAUUUGAUGAGGUUUUGCAACAGUUUCCAUGGUGGGCUGAACAAGCUUGCAGAGUUAUUAGAAGUGGAGAGGAUUGGAGUUUGCCAUCAAGCAGGAUCAGAUAGCCUUCUUACUGCCUGUACUUUCAGGAAGUUAAGGGAUACUUUUUUCAAUGGUUCUACACAGAAAUAUGCAGGUGUUUUAUACGGUCUCGGUGUCGAACCUGGACAGACUACAAAUUGAAAACAUUUGCCAAGUGGUUGUAGCAUUGUGAAAUUUGGCUAAAGCAUUGAUGGUUGUAUCUGUUUUUCCUUUUCCCUUGUAAAUUAUGGCAGUUGGCAGUUAGUAUUUCAAUAAAACCUUAAUGGCACUCUUUGAGUUAGUUAACUUGUUUUGUUAGAUGCAAUGCUAUAUUUUAUGUGCCUUUUCAUUCA